UCAAUGUCAGCUUUUGAUGAUCAACAUCAACAAAAUAAAAUGUUUAAAGUUAAUUUCUCUUUCUGUAAAUAAUAUUGAAUUUUACACUUAGUAUAGUAAAAACAAUGAGUAAAAAAGCUGACAUAUGUCGCGUGUGCUUAGAUUCUCACCAAGAUGACUGCGUACCUUUAUCUGAGACAUAUCAAGAUUUUGUCCUAUACGAAUUCAUUAAUAACAUAACCAAUCUCAAUAUCCGGCUGAGCGACGGUUUUCCGGAUAAAAUAUGCUGUCCUUGCUUCUUAUUACUUAAAUCUUCAAUAGAUUUCAAGGAGAAAUGCGAAGCUUCAGAUACUAUACUUAGGUCUAAUAUUGUUAAAGUUGAAAUCCUUCCUACAGAUGUUAAAAAGUCCCCAGUCAAAAGAGAGACUUCUGUAGGCGAAGAUAUUAAAGUAGAAUACAAUGACGUCUAUAGCGAUGAUAACUUCGAUUGUGCUUUGGAAUCCGAGCAGAAUGUUAAAGAAGAAAAAAGUAACAAACAAUGCAUUGAUCAUCCCGUCCAAUUAGAUAAUGAGGAAAUAGAUAAUGAAUUACCAACAAAAAUCGAAUUCAAGAGUAGAGCUAUAGACCUAAAGCUAAUAUGUGAUGAUUGUGGCAAUACAUUCAAAUCCAAAUGCAAGUUAAAAGUUCAUUGGAAGAAAGUGCAUAUGCUUUCCUCAUUAGUAUGUCCAUUCUGCAAACGAAUGUUUAAGAGUUACAAAGCAUUCCACGUGCACAAGAAAAAGAAUUCUAAGAGCUGUGAAAUAGCUAAACAUAAUAAUGUCAAAGUAGAGGGUGUGGGAACAGCAAGGAUAUUUUGUUGUAAACAGUGUAACUACUCAAGUAAAAGAGCCAAAGAUAUAUCAGCACAUAUUGUUACCCACACAGGUGACCGACCAUACCAAUGUGACAUCUGUUUAAAAACGUACACUCAACAAAGUUCCCUCCAAGGCCACCAAGAAGAUGCACACCAAAUGUAUAUAGUCCAAAUGACAUGCCACUUCUGCGGCAAGUUUGUCAAAGGACGUCGGAAAGUCAGCAGACAUCUGCGGAGCCACACCAAUGUAGAAUGCCCUGUGUGUCACAAAACUGUAACCAAAUUGACGUAUCCUCAACACAUGAAGAGGCACAGUGGCCCAAAGAGUUAUGCGUGUGAAAAAUGUGCAUCUACUUUUUACACUAUUUCAGAACUUUGUAAUCAUAAACGAUGGAAGCAUGGCAAGAAAACGUUUAAAUGCGAUCUGUGCGAGUUUACUAGUAACAAAGAACAUGCUAUAAAAAAUCACAGGAGUAAACAUGAUACUAAAAAUUUACCAUGCACAGUUUGUGGUAGGUUCUUUCUCACAGAUGAAAAGCUAUCAAUGCAUCAAAGGACACAUUAUUCUGAGAAGAAAUUUGGGUGUCCACAGUGUGAUACAAUGUUCUUUAAAAGGGACUCUGUUCGGAGGCAUAUUAAAGUGAAACAUUUACUAGAAGAAGAGCAAAAGACAAACACUCUUGUUGUUAAAAGUGAAACUAAUGGUCUUCCACAAAUAGAAAUAACUGAAUAAAAGACUACUAUUCUGCCAAUGUAGUAUUAGAAUUACACCACAUUGUACAGUUUAAUUCAGCAUUUUUUGUUAUUGUAUCAAAUGUUAGUAAAUUCCAGUGUGAUUAAUCAUAGAAGAAGAAAAUUUAAUUAACUUCAAUAAUUUGAAUAUUUGUAAAUGUUGUAACAUUUGUGUUUUGUUAAAUUUUUAUCAAAACAAACAUUAUUUGAUGAAAUUAGGUUCCUAAAAUAGACAUGACUCUCAUCCCUUUGCUUGCCAACCAAGGAAUUCUCCAAUUGGUAGCACUGUUUUAUCUAAAUUAUAGAUCCAUUUGGGCAAUGUCAGCAACAUACAUAAUUCAAUUACAACAACACUUUGUAUUUAUCCUCGAAAUAAGAAGAGUAUAUAUUGAAUCUUAUUUUUGAUCUCUCUAUUGUUGAUAUUGUACAGUUUAUAGUUAAAUGUGUCUUAAUUAUCAUCACUAAUGGGAAGGUUCUUAGAGAUUUGAUACGGCCAGGGGUGCUGCAAUCAUAUUUUUAUUAUUUACCACCUACCUACCUACAUCAUCCUGAUAUCUACCCUCCCCCUUCCUUCUUACCUACUUAACAAGUUACUGGUAUCAAUAGGUACCAGGGUAUUACAUAAAGGGUAAAACAUUUUACUUAAAUUAUAUUAAUUCAUAGAAGCAAUUUUAUUAUAAUGUGUUACUACAUAAAAUAUAACAAUAUUUCAUAUUCAUAGCACAAUGCUCGCAAACAAGUAGUCCAAUCUGAAAACUAGGCGUUAAGCUGCGAAGUGAACACUGUACAUAAACUGAUUCUGGCGCGGCAGUGGACAGCGGAAAAACCGCAACUUCAGGUUGGACUAGUUCAUUUGCGGCUUACAAGUACAGUGUAAUAUUUAUUCCGUGUUCAUAUUUCGAGUAUAUAUUUGUAUAUACUUACUAAUUAUAAGCUGGUUAAAAUGUAA